AUAAACAGACUUGAUUUAUAUUUUGUUAUUUGAAAAUAUAACAAAUAAAUGUGUUCCAAUUUAAAAUUUUAAUAAUUAUAUUUACAUAUUAUAGGCGUAUAGGUGUUCUUGUAGGAAAUGGAACUGCUAGUCGCAGGCUUUGAUGACAUCAAAUUCAACGUUGAAAUAGCAUUAGACGAACAGCAUGGAGCACUACCUUUGCCAUUUAAUGGAAUGGAUAAAUCCAUUGCAGCAGUUUGCUCUUUUUACCCAAAAGGCGCAUGUGCCAAAGGGGCCUUAUGUCCUAUGCGGCAUGUACGCGGGGAUAGAACUGUUGUCUGUAAACAUUGGCUACGAGGUUUAUGUAAGAAAGGAGACCAGUGUGAAUUCUUACACGAGUAUGAUAUGACCAAAAUGCCUGAAUGUUACUUCUAUGCACGAUUUAAUGCGUGUCAUAAUAAAGAGUGUCCAUUUUUGCACAUUGAUCCUGAAAGCAAAUUAAAAGAUUGCCCGUGGUAUGAUCGAGGGUUUUGUCGCCAUGGGCCCCAUUGUAAACACAAACAUGUUCGCCGUGUCUUGUGUAUGAACUAUGUAGCUGGAUUUUGUCCCGACGGUCCUAAUUGUAAAUUUGUACAUCCAAGAUUCGAAUUGCCUGCCUAUCAACAACACGACGCCAAUCAAAAAGAUCCUAAAAAACUUGUGGUCAUUUGUCAUUUUUGUGGCGAUACCGGACAUAAAGCCAUGUAUUGUCAUAAAAUGGUAUCGGAUCUUGUGAAAAUAAAACCCGAAUUAGAAAACAACGAUCAGGCGCAGGCAAACAAUCAACCAGGAUUCCAAAGAAAGUUAAAACCAUUAGAAGAAGUUACUUGCUAUAAGUGUGGCUUCAAAGGACAUUAUGCUAACAAAUGUCCAAAAGGCCAUUUAGCGUUUUUGUCCUUGCAACAAAAUCAAGCUCUUCAAAAUAACCAAGGUACAUGACAAAACUAAAUUAAAGUCCAAAAUAUUCUUAUGUUAAUCAUAAUUUGUAUGUGUGAUAUCUAAUAUUAAGAUAUUUAUUGAUAAAUAUAUUUUGUUUUUUUUUUUUUAAUAAAAUUUGAACUCUAUAGAGGACAUGUU